UUUCCACCCACUAUGAAUCUCAGUUGGUAAGAAAACCUCAAGCCCUUAACAUGGAUAUGGAUAUGAAUAACGACUUGGAGAAACGCAUUUCGGAUGCCUUUUGUGUGUUCGAUCAUCAUGGCGACAAGUUCAUCGACGUUAGAGAAGUGGGCACUGUGCUCAGACUCCUGGGCUGUGUUCCCACCGAGGAGGAAGUCAACGAAGUAAUCUCGGCCACAGAAUCGGAGGAGACCAGUGGCGAAGUGCAUUUGACCAAAUUUUUGCCACACGUCUCGCAAUUGCUCAUGGAAAGAAAAAUGGAGCCUGCUCCGCCAGAGAAAAUUCUCCAGGCCUUUAAGAUCUUGGAUCCCGAGAACAAGGGCUAUCUCACAAAGGAGAGCUUUGGCAAACUGAUGAUGGAGGAGGGCGAGCCAUUCACCCAGGAGGAAAUGGACGAGAUGUGGCCAGUGGCCAUCGACCCAAUAAGCGGACACAUACCCUAUGAGUUCUACCUGAACCAGCUCAUGGUCUAUCUGUAAGGGAAACAGAGUGGUUUAAUAAAGAUUCCAAUUCAAGUCUAGCUAUUCCACAUCCAGUUCCCUUCUUUAUUAACCUAAGGCACCUCUAGAAGUGCAAGUUGUGUUCAAUAAAGUCCCAAAAUUACACUAGUCAA